GUGGCCUUCCUCGCCCGAGUCGUCCUGGUUUUCUACGGGGUCUUCCAGGACCGCACGCUGCUCGUGAGGUACACGGACAUCGACUACCAGGUCUUCACGGACGCCGCGCGCUUCGUCACCGAGGGGCGCUCCCCGUACCUGCGGGCGACCUACCGCUACACUCCCCUGCUCGGGUGGCUCCUCACCCCCAACAUCUACCUCAGCGAACUCUUCGGGAAGUUUCUCUUCAUCAGCUGCGACCUGCUCACGGCUUUCCUCCUGUACCGCCUGCUGCUGCUCAGGGGGCUGGGGCGCCGCCAGGCGUGCGGCUACUGCGCCUUUUGGCUGCUUAACCCGCUCCCCAUGGCGGUGUCCAGCCGGGGCAACGCGGACUCCAUCGUCGCCUCGCUGGUGCUGACGACGCUGUACCUGCUGGAGAACGGGCGCGUCGCGGCGGCCGCGGUGGCCUAUGGGUUCGCCGUGCACGUGAAGAUCUACCCCGUGACCUACAUCCUUCCCAUAAUCCUCCACUUGCCCCCAGAGCUCGGCCGCGACCCGAGCCCCGGCGCCCCCCGGCGUUCCCUCCAGGCGGGUUUGCGCGCCCUCCUGACGCGGCUGUGGUACUGUAAAUACGGCUGGGACUUCCUGGAGCACACCUACCUCUACCACCUGACCCGGCGGGACAUCCGCCACAACUUCUCCCCGUACUUCUACAUGCUGUACCUGACCGCCGAGAGCGUGGGCGGCCUUGCCCUGGGCCUGGCGGCCUUCCUGCCCCAGGCCGUCCUGCUGGCGGCCGUGUCUUUCGCCUACCACAGGGACCUUGCCUUCUGCUGCUUUCUUCACACGGCCAUUUUUGUGACGUUUAACAAAGUCUGCACCUCGCAGUACUUCCUCUGGUACCUCUGUCUGCUGCCCCUGGUGAUGCCGCGGGUGCGAAUGCCCUGGAGAAGGGCGGUGGUGCUCCUGGGGCUGUGGUUCGCGGGGCAGGCCCUGUGGCUGGCACCGGCCUAUGUGCUUGAGUUUCAAGGAAAGAACACCUUUUUGUUUAUCUGGUUAGCUGGCUUGUUCUUCCUUCUUAUCAACUGUUGCAUCCUCAUUCAGAUCAUUUCCCAUUACAAGGAGGAACCGCUGGCGGAGAGACGCAAACAUGACUAGUGUAUGUUCCGGUUCAUCUGCCACUAUCCAUCUCUUACGUGCUGGUGGUUCUGAAUGGACCAGAAGAGAGCUUUGGACAAAUGUUGAGCAUCCUAAGCACGCCCGUGAAAGUUCAGUUUGGAGCCUAAUACCUGUUCCAAUGAGUUAAGAUAAAUGUUUACCUUAUGUAUAAAGAGGACUCAGAAAUUGGGGUCUACCUUUAGGAAAUGGAAGGGCUGUUUGAAAAUAGAAGGGCUGAUUAAACUUUCGGAUGUUAAAA